AGAGAGAGAGAGAGAGAGAGAGAGAGACCGUGCGCAAACAGAUACCCCGACACACCAGCGUGUCAUAAAUCGUGGGCCGUGCACCAUGCGCCGUCAGUUCUGACACAACACGGACUGUGAGCCCCCCUCUCUCUCUGUCUCUCUCUGUGUCUCUCUCUCCAGUCACUGCCACUCUGGCGCACGUUUUAUAAAAACAUGCGCCUCGUUGCAUGGAGGGGAUUUGCGUGCCGCAUUAGAUAACGCUUCUCCACGCCUUUAUGCUCCGUCGCGGUGGGGCACGAGCACGUUUACCACCCCCAUAAACCCCCAACACCAGCCCCAGCGUGCUCCUGAAGAACAGUGCUGUGGGGAUGGAAGAGCGGCACGAGCCCGAGAGCCCGGAUCCGAGUGAGCCGGUGCAGCUCCCGCACAGGACCACCAACUUUUUCAUCGACGACAUCCUCCGGCCGGACUUCGGCUGCAGGAAAGAGCGCCAAGCGGGCACGGGCGGGCAGCAGGCUCGCGCGCCCGCUGACAGACCCACGCUGCCCGGGACUCCGGAUUCUGAGUGCUGCGCCGACAGCGUGUCCUCCUCUUCCUCUUCUUCCUCCUCCUCCACAGUGUCCUCACCUCCGCCUAAAGCAGGUGGAGAAGCGGCGGUCGGUAAGGAGCGCCAGCCGCUGCUCUGGCCUGCCUGGGUUUACUGCACCAGAUACUCGGACAGACCUUCAUCUGGCCCGAGGACCCGGAAACUGAAGAAGAAGAAGAGCCAGGCGGAGGAUAAGCGACCCAGAACGGCGUUUACGGCCGAGCAGCUGCAGAGACUGAAAACCGAGUUUCAGUUGAACCGUUACAUCUCGGAGCAGCGGCGGCAGACGCUCGCGCAGGAACUCAACCUGAACGAGUCUCAGAUUAAGAUCUGGUUUCAGAACAAACGCGCCAAAAUCAAAAAGGCGAGCGGCUCUAAGAACUCUCUGGCGCUGCAGCUGAUGGCGCAGGGCCUGUACAACCAUUCCACCACCACCGUCCAGGAGGAGAACAGCGACUGAGGGCCAGAGGACAACAGGAGACAAUCGGGUGCUGAUUAAAACGUGAGAAAAGGCUGGACAGCAACAUGUGCGAAAAGCGGACUCACAGCAAAUCCUCACCUUCCGGACCUUUUUAUUCUAAUAUAACAUCUACACCAGUAUUAUGUCGGUCAGGCGGACUGGACCUCUGGACUGUUUAUUUCUCUUUUUGUCUUUCUUCUUUUAGGCCUAUAGUUAAGCCAGUAGUGACAGAAGUUACACUAAUUAUGUUUUUUCUUCUGAAACUCAGUGUGUCUGACAGCCUCAUACCAAAGAUUUUACCAGAUGAGAAUAUAUGUAGGAUAUAGACUGAACCCCCGGUGUUUUGGCACAUGAAAUGGAAAACUGUUAUUUCUGCACAGGCUCGGUAUCAGUGAGCAGCCUCACUAUCAGAAAGCAUAUUAUUCUACUUGAGGUAUUCACAUCUAUUAUGUCCAAAUAAACUUUUUAUAGCAGAAA